UAUAAAAGCGUGAACAUUACCCGCGUGUGAGUAAAGAGUGGGCGGGUCGGAGGCGCGAGACAGAGCUGGUCAGGUGAUGAAAUACUGGCACUUCACUUCACUUCACCUGCCGUAGUUUCCGCGCGGGACGUAAAACAACCCCAAUGGCUGAACAGUACACAGAUCUAGAGUUGGCGAUAAACACCUUGGUCAAAAACUUCCAUUCAGCGUCGCCUACUAAUGCUGACACGCUCACAGCCCAGGAGUUCCAGAGCAUGGUCUCCAAAGAGCUGCCCACCAUGGUGAAGACAUCAGGGGACCAAGAAGGACUCAACAAACUCCUGGCGGACCUGAAGGUGGAGGAGGGAAAGGGCAUCGCAUUCAAGAAUUUUUGGCAAUUGAUUGAAUCUCUGGCCACUACUCAGUUUGGUUUGCAGAGCAAAGAGAAACAAGUGAAAUGUGUGAAAUGUAGUCUGAUGUAACACUGGCCCUGAGCAAACAAGACCAAUCCACAUUACAUGGAUGUCCACCACAGCCCUGAGAAAACACGUCCAAUCAGCAGCUUCUCUUACCCAUGACCCUCUGCAAUACUGUGCAUGUCGCUCUAUUGGCCUUUUCGGUAGGUCUUAUCAUAAUUGUUGUUAAAGAGAUUCCUGAAUGAAUACCCUACAAGCCUUUACGACACAAACCACAAUAUAAUCUCUACCAUCGGUGUAACUGGAGCCACACCUGUCUGGCCAGAUAACGUAAGAUCUAGUGGCUAAUUUAUUUCCUCAUUUGUUCUGGUGCUGCAGGUUUUUGUAUUAUUGUGCCACUUUCAUCCUGCGCUCACGUUUGUUUUUACUUUAGUUUUACAUAUAAAAAUAGGAAACGAUUUGUUAUGACAACUGUGAUCAUAUUUUAUGUAACUGUGGGUCACAUGUCUGUUCAGACUGACAUGCAUUGCAAAAGAGACAAUGUGAGUAAAAUAUAUUGUAGUAGGGAAGUAGAGUUGUGACACCACAUAUUCUGUACUGUAUUUGACUUCACGGUAGCACAAUGUAAUUGUUGAUGCUAUUAAAUAUGUGCUGAAGGUU